UAACACCAGGGAGGGUUGGCUAACACUGAGGAAAUCAACACUGUGAAAGAACCCCAAUAUUAAACAUCAUUUAAUUCCGAAUUUGUUAAAAUUACACUUUGGGAGUUAAAAUCAACUCGGAAAUGUUUAACCCUGAAAUUUUAACACUCCAGUUUUUGCUGUGAUCUGAACACGUCAGAGACACAAAGACCAGAAUCCAACCCGGGACAGUGUGACCACAGUUUCCCGCCCUGAGGGAGUCCCCGGCCUCGCAGCGUUUCUGUGUCAGGUGUUGUUUUGAAAGCCGAGACGCUCGGCUGGUUUUAAGAUAAACGGCGGCGGCGGCGGCUUCCUCCGUCAGUUGCCGAUGGAGUCUCUGCUGGUGUGUCUGCUGCUGCUCUCGCUCGGCGGCUCCCACGGCGCCGCCCUGCCAACCUCCACCGUGCAGGUGAGAGUCGGGGAGGACGCCACCCUGCAGUGCCCCCUGCUGGACGCCUCCAACGCCUCCAACGCCUCCACCCUCAGCUGGUACAGGAAGGCAGCAGGCCAGAGUCCUCAGCUGGUUCUGACCAUCAGGUCCACCAACACCUCCAACGUGAAGUACGGCUCCGGCGUCGGUCCUGAGAAGGUCUCGGCUGCGGCCGACGGUUCGCUGCUGCUGCGCGGCUCCCAGCAGAACGACUCGGCGGUGUAUUACUGCGGCAUCAGUCAAGGCCACGACCAGAAGAUGAAUCUGACGUGGGAGUGAAGCGAGCGGCUGGUUCCUGGUUCCACCUGUCCGGACCGAGCCAAACGCUUUCUGUAUUUCAGAUCAUAGGAAAGAGUCUCCUGAAGCUGCAUCACCUGUAUGAUGUCAUGAAAGGCAGUGAAUUCACCUUCAGUUAGCUUCCUGAUUUAUUUUGUUUCAUUUCAUUCUAUACUUUUAUUUUUAUUGUUAAUAUUUUUAAUCUCCUUUUUACUAUUUGACUCUUUGUCUUUUAGCGUAUUCAGUAGUUUAUCUUUACAGUGUGAAUAAAGAAUGUCUCUUUAUACCAA